AUGUUUGGAGCGCCUUUGUUGGACCCGGAGAGCCAUGAGGUCGAGACCGAGCAGGGCCAGCGCGGCCAUGCGCGAUGGGUAGAGGUCGCAGGUGCCACAUGUAUGCUGAUGGGCGUUGCCCAGUUGGUGGUUUUGGCGCAUACCAGCGCUGGAGGUGAUCCAGACGCCCUGGUGUUGGCAGCGGAGUCAAAGAAAGGCCUCUUAGAUAGUCACGCGUUUUGCAGCUAUUACGACCUACUCCUGCCUGCCGCACCUUGGAUUCGUGAUAUUGGGAUCCUGCUGUUCGUGCUGAUCUUCAUCCUUUCAACGAUCAACAAGAUCAAGGACUUCAAGGGCACAGUGAAGAUUGUGGAAGGCUUUGGGCUCCCGUGCCCCACGUUCAUGACCAUUGGGGCCAUCCUGGACUUGAUUGCCGGCUGUGUUUGCUAUCUCACGGGCAUUCCUGUCUUGAUGGAGUGGGGCGCAGAAUUCAUACUUAUCUUUAUGAUUUUGGCGAGCUAUGUGGGGCACUUCAAGCCGUGGAGGGAAACAAAGGAAGAAUUCCACAUGGAGAUGCUCCUGAAGAAUGCUGCCAUUAUCGGGCAAUGCUUGCUGACCAUUGGCUUUGAAGUUCCAGAGAUUGGAAAGGAUGGAACUCCCCUCGGCCUCAAUGGGGCCCUUGGAAGCUUCGGAGAAUUUAUUGGAAAAAUCUACCGAGCUCUCAAGCCGUACUCUUACAUUUUCAAGUACAGCGGCAUCAUUUUGUUUGUGCUGGUCUUUCUCUUUGGUGGCCUGAAGCAUCUGCUGAACUUCAAAGAGACGGUGGAGAUCAACAAGACCUUUGGCAUUCCGCUGCCAACGUUGUCAGCCUUAGUUGGGCCCUUGCUGCUCUUGGCAGGGUCCGGGAUGUACCUCACCGGCAUCCCAGUCUUCAUGGAGAUUGGCGCUGAAUGCUUGUUGCUCUUCCUGUUGAUGUCCACCUACUUUGUGCAUUUCAAACCUCUACAGCAGUCAGGAGGCAAGGACUUCAAGCAGAUGCUGCACACCUUGAAGAACAUCUCUAUGGCCGGUGGAUGUUUGAUGACUAUUGGUGCUGUGCUGCCACAGAUCUGCACUCCAAGAGUUUUGGAGCACGUGCGUGCAGCAGCAGCAAUCUUUGAGAGCGUCAUCAGGCUACAUCAGGAGCGUGUUGGCGGUCUCUUGGUGGAUGCGAUCAACUUGCAGUCCUCCCGCGACGCAGCUGCCUUGUGGGCCUAUGAUUUAGUGAUGCGCGAGGAUGUGACCUGCGGCUUUAGGGACUUGGUGGUCACUGCACUGCAGAUGGACCCUGUGGUGAAUGAAGCGGAGCAGUUGGCCGUGCAGGUGCUUGCUCCAUCUGGUGGUUGUGGCGUAGUGGAACAGGAUGAACAAAUUGGAAUAUUGUAUAAGAUUCUAAGAUGA